AUGUGCAAGAACAACCCCAGGAUGAAAAGGGGGAAAAUCAAAGCUGUCACGGAUAUAUUUCUCGCGGAAGAGAAAGACGGCAAGUUUGUGCUUUGCACGAUUUUAGGACAGGACGUUCAACUGCAAGUUGAUACCGGAUCUAGACAUACACUUCUAAAUCACCAGUCAUGGAUAAAGCUUGGGAAGCCGAAGCUUAGUCCACCUUCGUAUAGCUUGCAAGGUUUCAACAAAAAUCCAAUUGCUCUCAAGGGUCAAGGGCAGGUAGAAGUUGCAUACCAAGGUCGAACGCAUCACCUGGAGAUUGUGGUUACUGAGUCUCUCCACAGAAAUCUUCUUGGCAGAGAAUGGAUUGAGAAGUUGGGAGUUGAUCUUAACAAGCUAUUUGUGGGAGCUCUGGAUAACGUACCCUCUUCUCUGACUAAUACCUUAGAGACUCAUAGGGAAUUGUUCAGGAAAGGUCUCGGCAGAUGCCAAAAGGUCAAAGUGCACGCUCAACUCAAAGAUGGCGCGUCCCCGAAGUUUUUCAAACCAAGGCCCAUUCCGUUCGCAUUACGUUCCUUGGUUGAAAACGACUUGGAGAGACAGUGCAAAAAUGGAGUUCUGACGCCGGUAGAUUAUUCAGAUUGGGCGACACCAAUUGUAGUUGUACCCAAACCUAACGGCGCAGUGCGCGUUUGUGGCGAUUUUAGUGUUUCGAUAAACCCCCAACUGGAUAUCACACAGUAUCCGCUCCCGAGACCAGAAGAACUUUUCGCUAAGCUCAAUGGAGGCCAAAAGUUUUCAAAACUCGAUCUUUCGGAAGCCUACCUACAAAUGGAGCUAGACGAAGAAGCGAAGAAGCUACUAGUCAUCAAUACACAUAAGGGCUUAUUUCAGUUUAACCGAAUGCCUUUCGGGAUCGCUUCGGCACCGGCAAUCUUUCAACGCACCAUGGAGCAAGUGACAGCAGGUAUAGAUCAUGUAGCCUGCUAUGUAGACGACAUUAUUGUGACGGGCUGCGAUGAUGACGAACAUAACAAAAAUCUCGAAGCUGUGUUCAAAAGGCUCAAGGAAUAUGGUUUUGUAUUGAAAGAGGAAAAGUGUGCCUUCCUAAAAGAUGAAGUGGAGUACCUUGGACAGGUUGUGUCAGCAAAAGGCUUCUUCCUUUCUCAGAAGAAAGUUUCUGCAGUUUUGAACAUGCCUGAGCCAACGAAUGUAUCCGAAUUGCGAGCGUUUCUUGGCAUGGUCCAACACUACAGCAAGUUUAUACCAGGAUUGGCAGACUUGUCAUCACCGCUAAAUAAGUUACUUCGUAAGAACACGCCUUGGUGCUGGUCUGAGGACUGCGUAGACGCUUUCGACGGCCUCAAACAGAAACUAACGUCUAUCGACGCUCUAACCCAUUUUGACCCGCGCAAACCAAUCUAUUUGGCAGCGGACGCCUCUUCAGAAGGAGUUGGUGCGGUUAUUUAUCAUAAGAUCGACGGAAAGGAGCGGCCGAUAGCCCAUGCCUCGAAGACAUUAUCAUCAGCCGAGAGGAAUUAUGCUCAAAUCGAGAAGGAAGCGUUAGCCAUCAUUUUUGGACUGAAAAAGUUCCAUCAGUAUCUCUGGGGACGACGGUUUACGCUAUAUACGGAUCAUAAACCUCUCACUACAAUUUUCGGUCCAAAGAAAGGCAUACCAGUCACUGCAACUAAUAGAUUGCAACGGUGGGCAUUGAUUAUGAUUGGCUAUACAUACGACAUACAGUAUAAGCCAUCUCAUCAGAUGGGAAACGCCGACGGGUUGUCGAGACUUGCACAGGGGCCGGAUGAUGAUUUCGACCGUGCAAUAGCGACUGACAACCAUAGCAAACGUGGAAGAUGUUAA